AUGUCUCCCGACCUCAACUAUGAAACACUCGAUGCACCCGAUGGGUCAUCGUUGACUUGGAUCUUUGAUCAUUGCUUGCGUUACGCCGACCAAUACGAAAUCUCUCUUCGCGCUGCUUACGAGCUCAACUGCCACCCCACCAAGAGCACCAUGGCAGGCUCCAACACUCCUUCCGUGUUGUCUCGCAACUCAGUGUGGUCCAAGGCAUCCAAGUCUACCCACCGUAGUUCUGACACUCCUUCUUUUGAUGGCGAUGCCAAUGCCCAAUUCCGUGCAUUCCUCACCCGUACUGUUUCUCAACUGCCUUCCCAGCCCUGCUCGCUGCCUCCCAGCUUCACUACCUCUUUUGUGCGCCGUUGCUUCUGUUUGGACCUGGCCGAAGUCGACUUCGCCCAGGCUUUGACCGCUCUUGACUACCUAAAGGACCUUCAGGACCGUUGGAAGAAGGAAAUCGAUGCCGCAUUCCGUCGCUUGAAUGUUACUGCCGAUGAUGCCCGGGAUGCCAAGAACUCCGAGCUUGCUAGUCAGUACCCUGGUGUGAUGGCUUGGUACCAGGAGAUCAAUGGAAAGGCUCGCAUGAUCGAUUUCCUGUACACUCAAGUCUAUGUCGGUCUCCGUCGCUGGAUCUUGAUCAAUGAGAUGAUGCUCGAGCCUUAUAACAAGCCCAACUGCCUGGCUCUUCUCAACACUCUGUUGCCACCUGUUCACGCCUCAACCCUGACUCCAACCCAGCAAUUGGCACCAAAGACCCUUGAAAACCACCGCGAUGCCUUUUUCACUUUCAUUAUCAAGUUUGAGGAGAACCCCAGAAUCUUGGACCCUAUCAUGAAGCAAGGCACCCGCCCUGGUGAUGACAACGCCUGGCCUGCCGUGUACGAUACUAUGGACCGAUACCUGACCGCUGUUGUCGAGGUGAUUGACGAGUGCGCCCUGAUCAACGACCGAUCCGAAGUCACCAAGAGCAGUUCGCGUCGCGCCGAUUCAGGCAUCAGCUUCGUCGCCUCCCGUCCCCUCUCUCGUCCUACUACCUCCUAUUCCCAGGAAACCCAGGAUAGUGAGAAGCCUCUUCCCAACUUCCCUGCACCCCCUGUUUUGAGCAAGCACGGAUCCAUCUUGGAGCGCUUCGCCAGCUCGAUGUCAGGAUGGACCAAAAAGGACCCCAAGAAGGAGCAGAAGAAGGAGCGGGCCCGGUCCCUUAAGAAAAUGAAGUCCUGCAAGGACAUCUCCGGUCGCCCUGAUAGCUCUUCCAGCCCGCAGCAUAUCUCGCCCAACUUCAACACAAAAAUGCUCUUCGACAUGACCGAAGAGAAGCGCCAACGCCUGAUUGAUGAGGCCAAAGCUCGCAAGGCAAUUGACGCUCCCGCCCAUAUCCAUCCUGAUGCCAUUGCCGUGGCCAUCUAA